ACAAUGCAAAUUCUGCUCUUUAUAAGAUCUCCCUCUAAAUCUCCUCGAUUCUCACCCCAAACCGAGCCCACUGCUUUAUUUUACUCAUUGCCAUGGAGUUUAUGAUCUUGUAUCUCGCAGUGCUGAUGCAUAUAGUUUGCUUAACUUCAAACUUCCUCGUCCUCACGACCUCCAAUGCCUUCCCUGGUUCCGUGGCACCUCUUUGUCACAAGGACGACAUGUCCGCGCUUUUACAAUUCAAGAACAGCUUCACCAAUGCUCCUUCCAAUCCUCACGCUCCCUCCAUUCCCUUUCCUCGCCCCAAAGUCGAGUCAUGGACUGAUCCUAACAAUCAGACAUCCUCGAAUUGCUGUUCAUGGGAUGGGGUAGCGUGUGAUGACAAAGCCGGUCAUGUCAUAGCGCUUGACCUCAGUAGCAGCAAUCUCUUCGGUUCCAUCAACUCCAGCUCUAGCCUCUUCAGGUUGGUUCACCUUCAGAGGCUUAACCUAGCUUUUAAUCACUUCAAUCACUCCCGUAUCCCAUCCGGCUUUGGCCUCCUCUCGGGUUUGACCCAUCUUAACCUCUCGCAUUCAUUUUUCUCUGGCCAAGUUCCGCCAGACAUCUUCACGUUGACCAGGAUGAUCUCGCUUGACCUUAGUGGCGACCUCCUGGAACUAAGAAGUCCUGGCUUGGCAACUCUAGCCCAGAACUUGACCAAUUUGCAGUUUCUUAACCUUGACGGAGUUGAUAUUCUAUCCCCGGUGCCCGAUACCUUAGCAAGCCUGUCUUCCCUUAGAUCUUUGAGCUUGUCUCGUUGCGGAGUUCACGGCGUAUUUCCGGAAAGUAUCCUGCAGUUGCCAAACUUGGAGAACCUUAUUCUCAACUACAACAUCAACCUCACUGUUCACUUCCCGGACUUCAACGCCAUUAGCCCUUUAAGGAUGCUUGGCUUGCUGGAUACGAGGCUUUCGGGUGAGCUACCCUCUUCUAUCGGCAACCUCGAGUCACUGGAAGGUUUGGAAUUAGACCCCGACAAUUGCAAUUUAACUGGAGCCUUACCAUAUUCAGUUGGAAACCUUCGUUCUUUGAAGUACCUUAUUAUCAGAGGCUGCGGAUUCUCAGGAUCCAUUCCCUCUUCUUUGGCUUCUCUGACCCAGUUAACUUAUCUUGAUUUAUCAUCGAACGCAUUCAGUCUCCAAAACCUUUCUUCUCUGUCCUGGUUGUGGAAGCUGACCAAACUUGGGGCUCUGUACCUCCGGGGGACGAGUCUACAGGGUGAAAUACCUUCUUCAGUUGGGAAUUUAUCCCGACUUGGCGUCUUAGAUCUCGGUGACAACCGCUUAAGCGGGUUGGUCCCUGCUGAGCUCCUGAACCUCAGACAAAUGAAAAGAUUGCUUUUAGACAACAAUGAACUUUCUGGUUAUAUCCCUUCUUGGCUUUCGAACAUGACACAGUUGACUUUCAUCAACCUUCAGUUUAAUAGACUACAAGGCCCAGUACCUCUUUGGAUCACUCAGCUCCCAAAUCUAACAUCUCUUCACCUUUGUUUUAACCAAAUGAACGGAAUAGAGGAUUCAGACUUGUCGAACCACUCUUUAACCGGGUCCAGCGUUACCUUGCCUAAGCUUUCUUCUCUAGGGCUUGCCUCGUGCAAUUUGAGAGAGUUUCCUAUUCUCCUGCAGAACCACCCGAAUUUGGAGUUGUUGGACCUGAACAGCAACAACAUUCGUGGGCAAGUACCAUUGUGGAUGGAAAACAUCGGCAUAAGCAGUCUGCACUCCCUGAACCUGUCACAUAACUUCCUCACAGGAUUCGACCCCUCUCUAAAGAUUCUCCCAUGGAUGAACCUCCAAACUUUUGACAUCACAUCUAAUAUGUUCACUGGGCCUCCUCCAACACCCCCUCCCUCCGCAAACUUGGAUACUUAUCUAGCAAAGCAAAACAAACUGUCUGGGCCAUUCCCACGAUGGAUCUGCAAUUUAAGUUCUCUUGUCACACUCGACUUGUCUUUUAACAACUUGAGGGGCACUCUUCCCGACUGCUUGGGCAAUGUCAGCACGUCUCUGUCAGUGCUGAACCUGCAGAGGAACAGAUUCAGUGGAAACAUUCCUCAACUGUAUGCGAGCGGGAUGCAACUGAAGAUGAUUGCUUUGGGUCAUAAUCAGCUGCAAGGGCAAUUACCGAGGUCAUUGGCCAAUUGUUCGAUGAUGGAAUUUAUUGAUAUGGGGAACAAUCAGAUUAGUGAUAUUUUCCCAUCUUGGUUAGAAUCUCUUCCGCAUUUGAAGGUUCUUAUUUUGAGUCAAAACAAAUUUCAUGGCGUCAUCGGUACACCAGGCUCUCUUUCCGGGUUCCAGAGGUUGCGGAUCAUCAACCUGUCCUACAACUUGUUCACCGGUAUGCUACCUGAGGGAUAUUUCCAGACUUGGACAUCCAUGAAGGCCAUUGAUUCACUUGAGAGCCAAAAAUUAACAUAUCUGGAAGCAAGGUGCCACUUUGGGUUCUACCAAUUCUACAUGAUAAUGAUAAAUAAAGGGAUCCACACGUACUAUCCAAAGGUAUUGGAGACAUUUACAGCCAUCGAUCUAUCGGAAAACAUGUUUUCUGGAGAUAUCCCAAAUGCCAUUGGAGACCUGCGGCAGCUCCAUUUGUUGAAUCUGUCUAACAACUUUCUCACUGGUGGGAUCCCAUCUACAAUUGGUCACCUUAGUGAACUCGAAUCGCUGGACCUUUCGGGCAACAGGCUUUCAGGACAGAUUCCAGAAGAACUGGCAGAACUCAAUUUCCUGUCUUCAUUGAAUGUGUCACACAACAACCUUACAGGUUCCAUACCGAGGGGGCCACAGUUCAACACAUUCACGAAGAGCUCAUUUGAGGGAAACCCAGGACUGUGUGGAGACACCAUAUCGAAGAAAUGUAGUAGUCCUGAUGUGGAGGACUCGCCAGCAGCGGUGCAAGAUGACUCAUCUUGGUUCUGGGAGUUCGACUGGAAGGUUGUUCUGUUGGGGUAUGGAAGUGGACUUGCAAUCGGGUUUGUCAUCGAAAAUGCUUUUAACUCCGGAAAACAGCCAGAGUUAGCAGAAGCGAUCCGAAGGCGGCUGCAAAACAGACAGAGGAAAUCGAGGAGGAUCAGCAGGAACUGAACAUGUCGACAAAACUAAACAAGUGCCGAUUUCGAACCUUAUUUGCAGUCUGUUGACAAAGGGCCAUACACUGUAAAACUACACCUUAAUAUUCCAGAUGCUUUUUUCUUUUCUGAAGGUUUUCUAUCUCUAUUCCGAAAUGUAAGAGUGAAAGAUCAUCAUAUGUAAAUUGAUUAGGACAAAAUAUAAUGAUUAUUGCAUGUAAGGCUUCAGUGCACUCUCUGUUCUUUCCUUUUCAAAAGUUACAGCAUA